GUGCGUGAGGCGUCCGGGACGGGUUGGGUCGGGGACUGCCGCCGGACCAAAAUGGCGGCUGCUGAGGCGGCGGCUGGAGACGGAGCGGGACCCGCGCGGGGGUGAGCCUCGGCCUCCGCCUCCGCCAUGGCCCGCCUCGCCGACUACUUCGUGGUGGUCGCCUUCGCGCCGGGCAAGCGCGGGAGCGGGGAUGGCCAGGGGCAGAUACUGCAGCGAUUUCCGGAGAAGGAUUGGGAGGAUAACCCUUUCCCCCAGGGCAUCGAACUGUUCUGCCAGCCAAGUGGGUGGCAGCUCUUCGGUGAAAGGAAUGCCCCCACCUUCUUCAUUGCCGUCCUGACGGACAUCAACUCGGAGCGACAUUACUGCGCCUGCUUCACUUUCUGGGAGGCUGUCGAGGCGACACAGUUGCAGAAUUGUUUGAGGAAGGUGGAGGAGGAGGAGGAGGAAAUGGUGGAGGAAGUGACUGCUCUCAUCCAACCUGCUCAGCUCUUUGCCCCCAAGAGUCUGGUGCUUGUCUCUCGACUGGACCAUGCCGAAGUCUUCCGGAACUGCCUGGGGCUGGUGUACACGAUCUACGUGGACGGACUGGGCACCUCGCUGGAGACGGUCAUCGGGAGCCUUCUGACCUGCACCAUCCCCAUCACGGGAGGCGCUCAGCCUGACAUGGAGGACGAAGGAGCGAGGACCAUCUCGCUGGGCGCGGGCGACAGGCAGGUGAUCCAGACGCCCAUCAACGACUCUCUUCCCAUCAGCAACUGCAGCGUGGCGCUCCUUUUCCGGCAGCUUGGGAUCACCAACGUGCUGGGCCUCUUCUGCGCGGCCCUCACGGAGCACAAGAUCCUGUUUCUGUCCAGCAGCUACCAGAGGCUGACGGACGCCUGCCGGGCUCUGCUUGCUCUCAUGUUCCCCCUGAAGUACAGCUUCACGUACGUGCCCAUCCUGCCCGCUCAGCUCUUGGAGGUCCUCAGCACGCCGACGCCUUUCAUCAUUGGGGUCAGUUCUACCUUCCAGUCGGAAACACAAGAGCUGCUGGAUGUGAUCAUAGCCGACCUGGACGGUGGGACGGUCACCAUCCCGGAGUGCAUCCACAUCUCUCUGCUGCCUGAGCCGCUCCUCCACCAGACGCGCGAAGCCCUCUCCCUGGUCCUGGACCCUGAGCUGGAGAUGGCUGACCUGGCCUUCCCCCCUUCCACCAUCUCUGCGUCUUCCCUCAAAAUGCAGGACAAGGAGAUCCGGGCAGUCUUCCUCCGUCUAUUUGCCCAGCUGCUGCAGGGCUACCGCUGGUGCCUGCACAUCAUCCGCAUCCACCCGGAGCCGGUCAUUCGCUUCCACAAGGCAGCCUUCCUUGGGCAGAGGGGAUUAGUGGAAGAUGAUUUCCUCCCCAAGGUGCUGGAGGGAAUGGCGUUUGCCGGCUUUGUGACGGAGAGGGGCCCUCCGUACCGGGAUACUGACCUGUUUGACGAGCUGGUGGCCAAUGAAGCCAAGCGGAUGCAAGCGGACGAAGGGAGCAAGGUCCGGGUGCUGCGUCACAUCAAGGAGCUGGCAGAGCAGCUGUACAAAAAUGAAAACCCCUACCCUGCGGUGACGAUGCACAAGGUGCAGAAGCCCACCGAAGGCUGCCACCUGCGCCUACACCAGAGGCCUUUCCCCCGCUUGGACGAGGGGACCAUCCAGUGGAUCGUCGACCAGGCAACGGCCAAGCUGCAGUCGGCGCCCCCUCUGGUGAGGGCAGAGAAGAAGUGCAUGGUGCCAUCCGGGCCUCCGCUGGGUGUCCUCAUGGAGCGCCAUGGCAUAGUGUUGGCCAACAGUGCCCGUCGACUGGAGGUUGUCAGGAACUGCAUCACUUACGUCUUUGAAGGAAAGAUGUUGGAGGCCAAGAAGCUGCUGCCUGCCGUCCUCCGCGCCAUGAAGAGCCGGGCGGCUCGGCAGUGCCUGACCCAGGAGCUGAACCUGCACGUCCAGCAGAACCGAGCCGUGCUGGACCACCAGCAGUUUGACUUCAUUGUCCGCAUGAUGAACUGCUGCUUGCAGGACUGCAGCGCCACGGACGAGCACGGAGUGGCGGCCACCCUUCUGCCCUUGGUCACUGCUUUCUGCCGCAAACUCAGCCCUGGAAUCACCCAGUUUGCCUACAGCUGUGUGCAGGAGCACCUGGUGUGGGCCACCAUCCAGUUCUGGGAGGCCAUGUUCUAUGGCGAUGUGCAGAACCACAUCCGGGCGCUUUACGUGGAAGGCAACGGGGAGGAGAACCACUCAGAGAAGGAGGAGAAGUCUGCGCUGGAGAUUGCUGCCGGGCAGUGCCGCCUGUGGCCCACGAUGAGCCGCGAGAAGCAGCUGGAGCUGAUCCAGAAGGAGGAGAGCACCGUCUUCAGCCAGGCCAUCCACUACGCCAACCGCAUGAGUUACCUGCUCCUGCCGCUGGACGCCAGCAAGAGCCGCCUCCUGCGGGGCUCUGGCUUCGGCGGUGAUGCCGAGAGCGUCAGCAACAGCUUCAUCACCAACAGCAUCGCUGGCAGCGUGGCUGACAGCUACGACACCGAGAGCGGCUUUGAAGAUGCCGAAAGCUCGGACGUGGCCAACUACGUGGUGCGCUUCAUCAACCGCUUUGUGGACAAGGUCUGCACGGAGAGCGGGGUCACCAACGAACACCUCAAGGGGCUGCAUGUCAUGAUCCCAGACAUUGUCCAGAUGCACAUUGAGACCCUGGAUGCUGUGCACAGGGAAAGCAAGCGGCUCCCUCCCAUCCAGAAGCCCAAGCUCCUGCGGCCAAGCCUGCUGGUGGGCGAGGAGAGCGUCAUGGACGGCCUGCGCGUCUACCUCAUGCCUGAUGGGAGAGAAGAAGCUGCUGGUGGGAGUAUCGGAGGCCCCCCUCUGCUUCCCGCCGAAGGGGCCGUCUUCCUCACCACUUACCGCAUCAUCUUCAAGGGCACCCCAACAGACCCGCUAGUUGGAGAGCAGGUGGUGGUCCGUUCCUUCCCUAUUGCUUCCCUGACCAAAGAGGAGAAGAUCACAGUCCAGGCACAAGUGGAUCAGUUCAUCCAGGAGGGUUGUGCUCAGCUCCAGCUGCGCUCCUGUACAUUCCAGCUGUUGCGCAUCGCCUUUGAUGAGGAGGUGGCCUCUGAGAGCGCGGAGACCUUCCGGAAGCACCUCGGCAAGCUGCGCUAUCCCCAGCACGUCUCUGACACGUUUGCUUUCACGGUGGGCCAGUCAGCCAAACCAGCCUUGCAGCCCAAAGCCAAGGAGAAGAACCCGUCCCUCAGGACCAUCUCCAGAAACCUGGUGAAGAAUGCCAAGAAGACGAUUGGCCGCCAGUACGUGACGCGCAAGAAGUACACCCCGCCCAGCUGGGAGCAUCGCGGCAGCCAGCAGCACUUCCCAGAGGAUCACGAGGAUGAGAUCUCGGUGUCUGAGGAAAUGGACAAAGGCACUUUGAGCUCGUCCACCACCAUCCGGCCCUCGGACAAGAUGACCAUGAGCCACUUGGUGGAGCGGGCCUGUUGCCGGGACUACCAGCGCCUGGGUCUGGGCACGCUCAGCAGCAGCCUGACCCGCUCCAAAAACGAGCCCUUCCGCAUCUCCACCGUCAACCGGAUGUACGCCAUCUGCAGGAGUUACCCAGGACUGCUCAUCGUCCCGCAGAGCAUCCAAGACAACACCAUUCAGCGGAUCUCCCGUUGCUACCGUCAGAACCGCUUCCCGGUCGUGUGCUGGCGGAACGCGCGCACCAAGGCGACCCUGCUGCGCUCAGGCGGGCUGCACGGCAAAGGUGUGGCGGGACUCUUCAAGUCGCAGAACACACCUGCCCCAGGCCCCUCGCAGGCCGACUCCACCAGUCUGGAGCAGGAGAAGUACCUGCAGGCAGUCAUCAACUCCAUGCCCCACUACGCUGAGGCUGGCGGCCGGAACACACUCAGUGGCUUCACCUCUGCUCACAUGAGCGGCUCAGAUUCUUCUGAGAAGCGGCAGCCCAAGCUGGGAUCUCUUAUGAAGCAGGUGAUGGGAGGGAAGGACCCAGGGACAGUUAGCCGUGGAGCCCUAGGUCACAGAGCUAGGGUCAUCACCCUCUCCAGCCCCAAGAGCAUGGCGGCAAAGGGACGUGACUCCCCCCGAGGCAAGUGGGGCAGCAUUCGGGCCAGCGGGCGCAUGAGCAACUAUGCCCUCACCACGGAGAUUGGCUCCCGCUUGGCUGGGAAGGAACUGCUGAGCACACAGCCCAACGGCUCCCCCUCGGAGGCCAGCUUCCUGCGGCAGCACCGGGCCUCACUGUACAUCAUUGGCGACAAAUCCCAGCUCCGGGGAGUGAAGCCCGACCCUCUGCAGCACUGGGAGGUGGUGCCCAUCGAGGUCUUUGAUGCGCGGCAGGUCAAGAGCAGCUUCAAGAAGCUCAUGAAGGCCUGUGUGCCCAGCACGCCCUCCCCGGAGCCGGGGGUGGCCUUCCUGCGCUCCCUGGAAGAGUCGGAGUGGCUGGUGCAGAUCCAUAAGAUCCUGCAGAUCUCUGUGCUUGUGGUGGAGCUGCUGGACACGGGCUCGUCCGUGUUGGUCAGCCUGGAGGACGGCUGGGACAUCACCACCCAGCUGGUGUCUCUGGUGCAACUGCUGUCGGACCCCUACUAUCGCACCCUGGAGGGCUUCCGGCUGCUGGUGGAGAAGGAAUGGCUGUCCUUUGGGCACCGCUUCAGCCACCGCGGGGCACAGACCCUGGCGAGCCAGAGCAGCGGCUUCACGCCCAUCUUCCUUCAGUUCCUGGACUGCGUCCAUCAGAUCCACUUGCAGUUCCCCAUGGAGUUUGAGUUCAGCCAGUACUUCCUGAAGUUCCUGAGCUACCACUACGUCUCCAGUCGCUUCCGCACUUUCCUGCUCGACUCUGACUACGAGCGACUCGAGCUGGGCCUGCUGUACGAAGAGAAAGGUGAGCGGAAAGGCUCCCAGCUGUCCCGGUCCAUCUGGGACUACGUGGAGCGCCUGAACAAGAAGACGCCCAUCUUCUUCAACUACAUGUACGCCCCCGAGGAUGGCGAGGUGCUGCGUCCCUACAGCAACAUCUCCAACCUGAAGGUGUGGGACUACUACACUCAGGAGACCCUGGCGGAGGGCCCCUCCUAUGACUGGGAGCUGGUGCAGUGCCCAGCCGAGGAGCUGGAGGAGGCCACUCUGCCCGACACAAACGCCCCGCAAAGCCGGCGCAAGAUCAUCUGGCCCUGCUACAGCAACCGCAGCCGCACCGAGCCCGACGCCAUCUCUCGGCUGCUGGAGGAGCUGCAGAGCCUGGAGAUGGAGCUGGGGCAGGUCCCAGAGCGCUGGAAGGACAUGUGGGACAAAGUGAAGGCCUUCCAGCGUGCAGAGGCCCAGGCAGACCCCAGUGGCAGAAUGGGAGCCAGUUCCCUGCUCAUGGCAUCCAGUUUGCCCCACCAACGGCGCUCGCUUGGCGUCUAUCUCCAGGAGAGCGGGGUGAGCUCCACCAUCAACCUCAGCCUGGAUAACGACGCGAGCAGCACUUCCACGCCCUCCAGUGGGAAGCAAGGUGGCCGCAAAAGCACCAGCACCCUCUACAGCCAGUUCCAGACCGCAGAAAGCGAGAACCGGUCAUACGAAGGGUCACUUUACAAGAAAGGCGCCUUUAUGAAGCCCUGGAAGCCUCGCUGGUUUGUGCUGGAUAAAACCAAGCACCAGCUGCGGUACUAUGACAGCCGCCUGGACACCGAGUGCAAAGGGGUCAUCGACCUGGCCGAGGUGGAGUCCAUCACUCCAGGCACCCCCACCAUGGGAGCCCCCAAGAUGGUGGACGAAAAAGCCUUCUUCGACCUGAAGACGACGAAACGUGUUUACAAUUUCUGCGCCCAGGACGUGCAGCUGGCCCAGCAGUGGAUCGACCGCAUCCAGAGCUGCUUGUCCGAUGCCUGAGUCCGCCCCCCACGGCUGCGAGUGGGGUUCUGCAAGCCAAGCAGCAGCUCUGCCAGGGCUGGGAGAGGACUGCAGGAAGCGGGGAGGAGGCACCGGGCACCCCUCCGUGACUCCAGCCUGGUCUCCCAGGUUGCGCUGCCAGCGUUGCUCAGCGGGGAAGGCAGGGUCAGUCUGGGGCGUCACGGACGGAGCAGAGCAGCGACAGCUCAGGCUCAGGGAACAAAGGGGCACCAGGCCCCGCGAGGACAGCUCUGCCCACAUCCAGCUCCGCGGGCUGCCCGUGCAGAGGCAGCUUCUCCCACGUGGCUGCGGGCCUGAGGCCUCCCCAGGCAGCCAGCCAGCCUGCACACCAAGGGGGGCCUCCUCUUCCGGCAGGGCUGCGGGUGGCGGUGGAGUGCUCGGCUGCUUCUGGGGGGGGGCGGGGGGGGGGAGGUGUGCGUGUGAGCAGUAUUGGAGUCCUUGUGCAGCGUGGCCUAAUGCUGAGAGGCCCUGGGCCCGGGUCCACAGCCCUUGGCUUCAGCUUCUGGGGCCACUGGAAGAGUUCAGGCAGGAGGGGCUCAGUGUGGGGGUGGGGGGGGUGUCUGCUGCUGGGGGCGGGUGGGCUUCUUUUCUGGCUGGGUGGAAAUGGGCUGCCUUCUGGCGGGGGGGGGCGGGGGGGCGCAAGGGGUGUCCUGCUGGGCUCCUCCUCAGGCGCUGCUGCUGCUGCUGCUGCUUCCUCCCAUCUCUUUGGGUGUGUCUGCAAAGUGCAGCCUUCUGUGGCUUCCCCCCAGAGGCGGCGGCUGCGCCUGUGACUGCCCCCCCCGCCCCCCCCCCGGGGCAAUAUAUUGUCAUCCCAAACUGUAAAUCAUGUCCCUGCUCUUCUCACGGAGCAGCGAGUGGCCCUCCCCCCCCCCGGGUCUGGUCUGGCCGCCCCCCCCCCCCGCACCCUAUUUUAAAAGCAGUGGUGUUUUAUUUCAAGCCCGGAAACGUUGUGCAUAGGCUGGAGCCCAGCUCCUCCUGCUCCUCUGCCCCCCUUUUUUAUUUGUAAGAUAAAGGCUGUGACUGGUGUGAAAUGGAGGGUUUUGUAAUUUCCCUGAGCAGUUGUAGAUUAUUGAAGUCCCUGUACAUUGUGUCAAACCUACAGAGUCCUUGUAUUGUAUUGUGCCUAGAGGAGAGAAAUAUAUGAAGAGAAAAAACUAACGGGAUUUAAUAAAAAAGCAAAACCCAAAA